UCAUGAUCUAGAAUCUAGUCUAGACUCUUCUAGUAUUAAACUAGAUUUUACUAGCUAACUAGGACUAGAGAUCUAAAUAAUCAAUUAUAUAUUAUAGAUCUAAUAUAUAAUCUAAUUCUAAAAGUCUGUCAAGAUUGACUCAAGAUCCUAAGUAGAAUAUAAACUAUAAAGUAUAAUAACUUAAACUAUUAACUAUCAUCUUAUGAUCUUAGUUAUUAUUAUUUCAUUGUAUCAUCUAGACGAUUCUAGAAAAUUGAACCAUGUUUCGAAGUAGAAUAAAUCAUUUAUUAAGGGCUUACCCAAGUUUGAAUCUUAGAGUUGAAGUACACAAAGAUCAACACAAAGCUUUGGCCUUAUUACCUGGGCUUCGAUUUGACGAUAUCAGUCAUACUGGUCAACCAGAUCUUCAUCGAUUAAUGAACUUGAUUGGUCGAGUAGAACAUGCUGCCCUGUAUGAGAAUAUCAACUCUUUCAUUGACUAUCAAAACUUAGUCCGUAAAGGUAUAGGAAGUUAUGCUAAAGCAGUUGUCAUGGAAAUUCGUAGACACUUUUAUGAGACCACAACUCCCAAGUCUCCAAUUCAGGUUUCUCUUAAAUUAACCGGCAUGAUGGAUACCAUGUACACAGUCCGCAGCAGUGCUACUUUUGGUGGGCGGCAGCGUGCUUCCAUUAUGGUGAAGUCAUGCAACUCCCUUGUUCACCGGGAAUCUGGUUUGACAGAACAAAUUCCAGACUGGUGGAGGCUAAAAUUCCUGCGCCUGCUUCCUGAAAUGCCUGACAAUUACCGCCCAAUCGUACCACCCGAUUCUGUUGGGAAAACAUUUUCUCACCACGUUCUUGUGCCCCUGCGAGACACUGAUACCAGUGGCAGAACAAGGCAUCCAUCAUACACGCGGUAUUUUAUAGACAACAUAAGCAUUGCUGCUAACCGAAAUUUCUACCCCAAUCUGGCCAACUUGUUACACGAUUUUUACGUGAUGAGAAUUUCUGUUGUUCACUUUUCACCAUCUGUGUGGGGUGAUUCAUUAGUUGUGGAAACCUUUCAAGACCCUGCUGAUGAUCUGAAAAUUCAUUGUUUUAUAAGUAAAGAUGGUGCCAUUAAAUGGUAUGGCUGCUUGGAGUAUUAUGAAGCAAUGUUUGAACCUGAAGUAGAGACUCCAGCCUACAUGUUGAACUUUCCAACUUCUGAAAGAUAAUUAUACAUAUAUACAUAUAUAUUGUUUUUUUAUAUUUGGCUUAAAUGUCUUAAAGGUUGAGGCUGUUAUUCUGUACAAAAUGUCUUGUUGGUAUCACAGUUAAAAUAAGAUAAUAUGAUAAAACUUGUCUUUUUUUGUCAAUUAUGUUGUAUUUUUCUCAUUUCAAUAGGUUUAUGUCAUGACAUUUAAUUGAUAGAGAUGGCUGUCUGGUUGUGUAGUAUGAGCUAUAAACAUCCCCAAAUUGAACCCUGUCUCCUUCCAUCCACUGCUGUCCUUUCUUAAACUGUUUGUUGUGUAAAAUAAUGAGAAAAUAACUUUACACAUUGGUAAUGCCUUAAAGUUAGAAACUUAGAACUGAACUUACAGAAGUUAGGGCUAACCCUAACCCUCAAGAUUUUAACUAUUGGACAAUGAUUAGAAUAUAAUUGCCAGUUGAGCUUGCAACAUUUUAAAAAUGCUGCUUGACAAUAUCUUCCCUAUAAAUUUGUUAAGAGAACUUCUGUUAAGUCUGUCUUGGUAUAAGGGCUUAAUUUUCUGAUGCAUCAUGAUAGGCGUUAACUUUUAAAUCUCUAUGUGCUAGAAAGGUUACAACUAAACAACAUGACAUCUGUGAAUCUAUCAAAGAGAAAUGUCAAUGAUGUAAAUAAAAACAAAAUAUUAAAUUCUAAUGUUAAUAGUUAAAAAUAUAUCUUGUAACAUUUAGUCUCAUUUUACAAGACACAGGAUAACCAAUAUUGAUAUAUAUAUGUAUUUGUAAUUUUGUCAUAUUUAUGUAUAAUUGUAAUAUUUUUGCUGUCUAAAAAGAAAUAUAAAAAAAUAAGAUAAAUUUGAGGUUAGUAACCUAUCUUGCAACCAAUAUACAAUUUUGAUUAAUUGAAUUGAUAAGUAUUUGUAUAGAAUUGGUAACAUAUUUGACAUAAUUUGUACUGGGUUACAAUUGCUAUUAUAUACUCACUUGUAUUUUAAAAAAAUUAACAAACUAAAGAUAAAAAUAUGAUAUCAAAGCAUUCCAAUCAAUUUUCAACUUUCGGUUUGGUGGAAGCUGUGUCAGUUGAUAGCAUAAGUCUUGUAAGAUAUUUAAAUGUCAAUUUUUUGUUUAUUACUUGUAUACAUGAAAAGAUUUACUUACUACUUCUUUGAGAAUUUUUUUUUUCACAAACAGCCUAAAACGUUUUUUAAAACAUUUUCUUGUAUAGAAAUGAAACUAAACAGGAAAUAAGUUCAUGAAUCUCAGGAAAUAUACUUGUAUGUUUUACUUUUUAAUUGUCUUUAAGGGAUUUUAUUCUCCUGUGCAUUAUGUCAAGCAAAUCUAAACAAGAUUCAUAAUGUUCACAAUUUUACCAAACUUUUCUAAAGAGUAUUAGAAAUUUUUAAUGAUUACACAGGGAUUGAUGUUUUUCUAUUAAUAGUCCUUAAUAAAUAAAUUGUAAAAAAAAUACAACAAAGUGCUAAAAAAGAUAUUGGCAUUUCUAACAUUCACAUUUUUAAAAACAUUUCUUAGCUGUUUACAUCUGAAAUUAUAAUUCAUGGGAAAGAAAUAAAAGUCCAAAUGUUUUUUUUAUCCAUAUUAAAAAUGAACUCAAAGAAAGUUCCUUUAAGCUAUCUAGGCCAAACAAGAACAUUUGGUGUAUCAGAAAGUCAUUGCAAAUUUUUAUAAAUUAUACUGGUAAGAAAUAGAUCUUUUUCUGCUUUGAGAGACAUUGGUUUCUUGCAAUUUUUUUAGUUUUACAAUGGGAUUCCUUUUUAUUUUCUGGCUGUUUAAAAAGUUUAACUGCAGCCGAUUAAUAUAAUAUAUUUUUUUAAAGUUGAAACCUAUGCAAUGAAUGUUACUUUGAAGUAUUCUUGAACUACUGUGCAUUUUUGAGAGAUCAUUUAUUUGCAUAAACUUAUGUGCAAUUAAAUUCACGCCAAAGAUAUUAACUAUUCAAGAAGAAAAAAGGGAAAGAUAAAUCAUAUUAAUGAAAAGGACUAACAAAAAAAAAAAAUGUUCACCAUAUGACUAUAAAUUUGUGUGUAAUACAGACCCAAUUAUAAACAAAAUGUUAAUGAUA